GCUUCCUUCUAUAGUCACACUGUGUCUGCACAUUAUUGUACAUAUGAGUUUGGAGGAGUAAGAUAAGGAGAGGAUGGCCAAUUCAGCGCUGGAGAUAGUGGGUCUGAUAGUGACCCUGAUCGGGUUGAUUGGGGCAUCAGCAAGUACUGGGAUGCCUAUGUGGCGAGUCACAGCCUUCAUUGGGGAGAACAUCAUUGUGUUUGAAACCCGCUACGAGGGUCUGUGGAUGAAUUGCUUUCGGCAGGCCGACAUCAGAAUGCAGUGUAAGGUGUACGACUCUCUCCUGGCCCUGCCCCCUGAUCUGCAGGCAGCACGGGGGCUAAUGUGCUGCGCUCUGGCGCUGGGGGGCCUCGGUCUGCUGAUCAGUUUGGUAGGGCUGCAGUGCACGUCAUGUAUUGAAAACAACGAUCGAGCUAAACGUCUGGUCCUCAUCAUUGCAGGAAGCAUGAUCAUAAUGGCUUGCAUCUGCGUCCUUAUCCCCGUGUCCUGGACAGGUCAUGUCAUCAUCAGGGACUUCUACAACCCCUUGCUGAUUGACGCCCAGCGAAGAGAGCUCGGAGAGGCUCUCUACAUCGGCUGGGUGGCCUCUGCUUUCUUGUUCGUUGGAGGAUGCAUGUUUGUUUGUUGCAAUCUGCAGUCCGAGGACAAAGGUUCAGAGAGGUAUGUGUACUCAAGACCCUCCGACUAUAUGGCCUAUCCUCCACAGCAACUACAGCCUCAACAGCUGGUGCUACUUCCCCAACAACAACCCCAGCUACAGCCAGUGCUGUCAAGACACCCAUCAACCAUCUACAGCUACCAGUCCAGAUACCCCUCUGUACGUAGUGGGGUGGCUUAUCUCUGAACACUUAAACUGACUGGGGUUAAGAUGAUCUUGGUUAUGGUCACUAUACCCAGGGGAUUUCUUUUUAAUAUGGUUUUGCUUGGCAGUGCAAUCUAUGAGACAUUUCAUUACAUCAAAAGAUGUAUUUCAGGUAAAAGCAAGACCACAUUUUGAUAAAUACAUGUACUGAAAAUGCCAAUGGAUCUGAUCCAUAUGGAUGUCUGUUUCAAAUCACAUUUCAUAAAUUAUUUGAGGAGGACUUAAUGUUAUGUUAAAGAGCACCAGUUACAGAAUCUUGACAUUUGCCUAUAUCAUAAUUAUAACCCCGACUAUGUAAGCCAAAGCACACUUUUCAUUACAUUUAUGUAUGUUGUAUAAUCAAAUUUUAUACUUCCAGCCUUUUUUUUUGUAUAUUAGAUUACCAGUUUUCUAUGCUGUAUAUAUCAAUUCAUGCAAGCUUUAAUCAAUAAGCAAUGUUACAUACAGGUAUGUGUACUUGUGUUUAUUGUUUAAAUGCUAUUUGUUUUUGUUGGCAGAUGUAGUUACUGUAUACAGACUAUUUAUACUAAAAAGAUAUUUCAACUCAUUUUCCCUCAACCUUUGCUAUACUUGAGCUGUGCAUGCAAAUUUACAUCCCCCACCCACUUGACAAAACACAAAUGCAUACAAACACAUUUGAGAAUCACACAUCAGUGCACAAAUAACAUCUCAUAGUGGUCCUUAUUUUUUUCUGCUCAAUUUUCACCAGUUUUAAACCAGUAUAAGACACAGGAUAAGAUGGUUACAGGUAAUGUACAACCUUUAGGACAGUAAAUGCUUUAUUGGUGUCUCUGAUAAUGUGAGAAAUACAUAAAAUAUUUUACAUUUGUCUAUUUAAUCAGAAAACAACUGUAAGUCUUUGUUUAAGUUUAGUGUGAUGUCCUGGAGCUGAACCGAUGGAAUUGAACAAAUGGCUGAGUAAACACAAGAUGCUGGUUUAAGACUGCUUGUAAAAGGUGGGGACAGCCUAGUGUUUGCGAAGAAGCAAGACAAAGACAACCUGACAUCAUGUGAUCAGAAUUUGCAUGUCACUUUGAAUGUAGAGACUGGGAGCUUUAUACCAAAAGUUUUUCAUUUCCAAAGAUCCUAGCUCCAUAAGUUUCAAUUUAAAGAACAUUUCUGUCUCUGUUCAGUUAAGUGUUUUUUGUCUUUUAGGUAUUAGGUCAAUUUAUUUCAUUUUCAGUGAGUUUAAAAGGAAGUUGCACCUGAACAAUCUCCAGUCCUAAUGUUUGUGUUGCAUUGACAGAAAAAGUACAGUCAUUUCAUUGAUGACUCAUGCUGAUAGUAUUUGUUGAUGUAAUGACAAGGUUGUUUUUCUCUAUUGUUGCUAAAAGUUACAUCAAAUGAACGACGUGUUUAUCUAUGUUAGGUCUUUUAAACAGCACUAGAGUUAAACAAAUAUGAAAUGUUUUAGAUUAUGAUUUACAAAACUGUAUUUCUGGUACUCAACAAUCAAGAACUGUGUUUGGACUGUAUGAUAAGCUCCAUCUACAUUUCAUCACCUUGAAAGUCAUUUCUGCUCCCCUGUGGACAACAGAAGUACUGCAGGAAUUUAUGUGCUGCAUUUUAUUUGUUUGCUUCUCAAUGUUUAUCAAGUAUAAUUAUAGAGAAUAAAAACAUGGCAAGUGAUAAAACAU